GUAGUGAAAAAGGUCACAAGAUGGCGACGUCCAUGCACGUAAGGCGAACCGUAUAGCAGGGCGGCGGAGGUGGUGGAGUAUUUUGUGAAUAAAGUUGCGUCUUCCCAGCAAAACAAGAAUGCUGAGCUUUCUUGAAGAACGACGAAAUGGGUGCAAGAAGCCGGAGUUGCUGGUUCGCGCUGAAGUGACUCGCCGAGCGUUUUGUUUGGAAUUGAGCAAAGGGCGAGACGUGCAGCGAAUCCACCAGAGCGGUAUCAACACGCUCGACAUCGACCCUACCGAGGGGAAAUACUUAUUGUCUGGAGGGUCUAUGGGUGUCAUAGCUGUGUUUGACAUUGAAACAGUACCAGCAGCAAAGGAGGUUACUUGCGAAGCAGUUUGCACAGUGGGAAGAUCCAACAAGCAUGUUCACAAGCGCAGCGUGGAGACAGUUCAGUGGUACCCCCACGACACGGGGAUGUUCACGAGCAGCUCAACGGACUGCUUGCUCAAAGUCUGGGAUACCAACGCCUUGGUGCCAGCCGAGACGUUCACCAUGGACAAGCCCAUAUACUGCCAUGACAUGUCACCCAUUGCCACCAAGCAUUGCCUCAUUGGAGUGGCUUCCCAGAGUUCCCACAUCAGCCUGUGUGACCUCAAGACCGGGUCACCCACCCACAUCCUGAAAGGUCACCGGGCUGCCGUCAUGUGUGUCAAGUGGUCUCCGAAACAGGAGUUUCUCCUCGCAUCAGGCAGUCAGGACAACAAGCUGAUGUUGUGGGACAUCCGUAAAGCCAAGGGAUGCCUGAUGGCUUUGGAUCAACACAAUGGCGAAGCUGUGGGACACUCAUCUACUGCUGUGCGCACAGCUCACAGCGGGCACGUUAACGGUCUGUGCUUCACGGAGGACGGCCUGCGUCUCCUGAGCUACGGUACUGAUGAUCGGCUCCGACUGUGGGACGUCGUAACUGGAAAGAACACACUGGUGAACUUUGGCAAAGUCACCAACGACGGUCGGAAAAAUGUGAAACUUGCCGUGUCGUCAGGAGCCGUGCCCGACGCAGCCUUUGUUCCCAACACUGCCGAUGUGGCUGUGUUUGACGUGCAGAACGGGGAACUGGUCUAUGACCUGAAGGGUCACUAUAGCAAUGUCAACUGCUGUACCUUCCAUCCACUGUUCCAGGAAGUUUACAGUGGAGGCAAUGACAGUAACAUCCUCCUGUGGGAGCCCGAUGAGGGGAGGGUCGUGGACCGGGGAGAGGAGAAACAGGUGAAACAGAAGAAGGGACGUACAUUCUACGGGCAGACAAUGACUGCUACAGAAGAUACGUGGAGCAGCGACGAAGAUGGUUGAAUACGGUCUAAAGGAUUGUAUUCUCAUCAGUAACAGCUGAAAAAAUAUUUGACAGUACUCAGACUACAUUGGACGUCCAGUGUAUAGCAAGUGACGAGCGAACAGCACCCUCUAGUGUUGAGGUUAAAACAAUCUACGUCAAUAGUCAGGCAGUCGGUCUACAUCGUGUGAUGCCGGUGGCGAAGUCAAGAAUUUCCUCCAAAGUGAUGAAAUUGAAAUGAAACGUAACUGCAGACCUGGAAAGAAGCUAGGAGAGGGAAGGCAAUUAUUCAAGAGAAAGUAUUCAAGUUUUGAAAGUGGAUAAAAUACCAGAGACAAACAUGUGAAGGACGAUACAUCACCCAAGCCUAAUGUAUGUAUCCCAGCAUGCAUCACUCAUUACACGGCCGCUCACAUGUCCUGAUGUGGACUCGCGUCGAUCUGAAAUAAAGCUUCGACUAGUGCUAAAUAUAACCGAGUCAACAACGUUCCUUCAAGGUGUCAGAAGUGGGAUUCGAACCGACGCCCAUAAAGCUUCGACUAGUGCUUCAUACAACCGAGUCAAUAACAUUCCUUAAGCUGUCAAAAGUGGGAUUUGAACCCACACCCAUAAAGCUUUGACUAGUGCUCGAUAUAGCAGAGUCGUUAACGUUCUUUAAGCUGUCAAAAGUGGGAUUCGAACCCACGCCCAUAAAGCUUCGACUAGUGCUCAAUAUAACUGGGUCAACAACAUUCUGGUGUCAGAAGUGGGAUUCCAGUUCAUGCCCAUAAAGCUUGGACUAGUCAAAACACACAAUAAAUUGAAUUUGUUUUAGGUA